AUGGGGACCGAUCCGAAAUAUUGUGCUUGCAAAAAAAAAAAGCAAGUCGGCGAGAAGCUUAAUGUUGAGAUGCCAGAAGAGCUUGGGCGAAUAGUAGGAUUGGAAUGCCAACCACUUAUAACAGAGUUGGGAUGUAUUGUUCGGAAGCAUGCACCUCUUCAAGUUACAAAAUGGGCAAAGAUUGACAAAGCCGAUCGGGAGAGUUUACUCCAAAUGGCUAAGAUAAGUGCUUUUCCAAAAGUAACAAUGCAACAUCCACCACCAUGCGUGCCACAGGAAGAUUAUAAUUAUAUUUGUUCUUACUUUUCCUCUGAUGAAUUUAAGAAAAGGAGUGCUCAAAAUGCAAGGAAUCAACCAAUGCAAAACACGCCUCAUGUAAUUGGGACAAAUUCUUUUGCCCAAAUGGGUGUUGAAAUGGACCAAAUGGUGGAGAUUCAGUCCCAGCCCAUAGGAGAGAAUAAAGCACCAAUUUGUGAGGAGGAAAUUUGCUCAGAGGUUCUUGGACAUAAAUCGGGGUACAUGCACGGUCGUGGGCAUGGUCCGAAGCCUAGUCGAUCCUUAUCUAAGCACCACAAUAAAUCGGAGUUGGAGGCAGCUAACAAAAGGACCAAUGAGUUGGAAGAAAAACUCAAUGCUCAACAAAAGGACAUGAAAGUGAUUAAAGCUACUCAAAAGGCAACAAAUGAGAUUUUGCAAGCAUUGAUGGAGCAGAUGCAAGGAGUAACUCAAAAUGUGACAAAUGAGAUUUUGCAAGCAUUGAUGAAACAAAUACAGGAUGAGAGACACAUGUCUGCCCCUGCACCUAACUCUUUUUCAUCGUAG